CGGCGGCGGCGGGGGGACCCGGAGAGCGGCUUGCCUAGCGGGGCCGCGGCGCAGACGGCGAGACCCCGAGCAAACUUUCUAGCGGCUUCGGUCCGGGGGUGGCUGCGGCAGCGGGCUCCGUCUCCUGGCGGAUCGCCGCCCGGGAGCCGGUGCCUUCGGCAGGGAGCGUCGGGAGCCCCAGCCGAGAGCGGGUGGGAUAGUAACACCUCUGGGAGAAAGAAAAUUGGCUUCGUCUCUCGAAGGUGAUGAGUGGACUGCAGGCGGCUACAUGGAGGGAACAGUGAUCAGAUGGUUCCCUUCUAUGUUUUGUGCUAGGAAACAAAAUCAGUUAUAGGAAUCCAUGUUGAUCUCAGAAGUAGAAGGAUUUAGAAAAGUUAAGUUUGCACAAAAACCAAGAACUUUCCCAUCUCCUUUUUGAUCUGAAGACUGGGGGACAAUGGAUAUUAUAGAGACAGCAAAACUCGAAGAACAUAUGGAAAAUCAAACCAAUGAUCCCGCAAACACUUACACGAGACCUGCCGAGCCUGCCGAAGAGGAGAACAAAAAUGGCAACAGUAAACCUAAGAGCUUAUCCAAUGGGUUGCGAAAGGGCACCAAAAAGUACCCGGAUUAUAUCCAGAUUGCUAUGCCCACUGAAUCCAGGAACAAAUUCCCCCUGGAGUGGUGGAAAACGGGCAUUGCCUUCGUGUACGCCGUCUUCAACCUCGUCCUAACCACCGUCAUGAUCACGGUUGUACACGAAAGGGUACCUCCCAAGGAGCUCAGCCCCCCGCUACCAGACAAGUUUUUUGAUUACAUUGAUCGGGUAAAAUGGGCAUUUUCUGUAUCAGAAAUAAAUGGGAUUAUAUUAGUUGGAUUAUGGAUCACCCAGUGGCUGUUUCUGAGAUACAAGUCAAUUGUGGGACGCAGAUUCUUUUUUAUCGUUGGGACUUUAUACCUGUAUCGCUGUAUUACAAUGUAUGUCACCACUCUCCCUGUGCCCGGAAUGCAUUUCCAGUGUGCCCCAAAGCUCAAUGGAGACUCGCAGGCAAAAAUACAACGAAUUCUACGACUGAUUUCCGGUGGUGGGCUGUCCAUAACUGGAUCCCAUAUCUUGUGCGGAGACUUCCUCUUCAGCGGUCACACCGUUAUGCUGACACUUACUUACUUGUUCAUCAAAGAAUAUUCGCCUCGUCACUUCUGGUGGUAUCAUUUAAUCUGCUGGCUGCUGAGCGCCGCCGGGAUCAUCUGCAUCCUUGUAGCUCAUGAACACUAUACUGUUGACGUGAUCAUUGCUUAUUACAUUACAACACGGCUGUUUUGGUGGUACCAUUCAAUGGCCAAUGAAAAGAACUUGAAGGUCUCUUCACAGACUAAUUUCUUGUCCCGAGCCUGGUGGUUCCCCAUCUUUUAUUUUUUCGAGAAAAACGUACAAGGCUCAAUUCCUUGCUGCUUCUCCUGGCCGCUCUCCUGGCCCCCUGGCUGCUUUAAGUCUUCAUGCAAAAAGUAUUCCCGGGUUCAGAAGAUUGGCGAAGAUAAUGAGAAAUCUACCUGAGGAGCAAAAACAAAGGCAUCAGCUCUUAAACCAAAAGAGUUAACGCUGUAACCAAAGGUAUAGAUUUGGGUUUUUAUUUUAGAAGAACUGACUGGUAAAUGAAGAAGUGGACCAAAUUCCAUGUAAAUGAUUAGAGAGAUGAACGAAGUAUUACCCUUUGACUGUUUUUUUAUUCAUCCUGAGAAAGGCAUAUUCUCCUGCAGCUCUUCCUUCAUUGGUGACAAGCCCCCAAACUGGGGUUUUAUUAAUGAGCUUGUUAAAGAGGUGCCAAAGAACCUACUCUUCCUUCUCCUUAUACUUUAGCCACUAAAGCCCUCUACAGAAUUUUUUCAGGAUUCUUUUUUUUUUUUUUUUUUUUUUUGCCUCCAAGGUCAGAAGAAUUUCUUAAUGUUUUAAAUAAAAUGUCUGGAUACAUACAGCUACUGUGUAAAUAGAAUAACCUCAUGUUGAGAGUGGUUUUAGCAUUAGGCUUUUUAAGGAGGGGAAGAUUUGUCGGUUGUAAGUGAACCUGAGGUGAACUUCGUUUCCACCUUGUCCUGGGGAAGGUCAAGGUCAGGUCUGGGAAUGUGCACCUGCUGCUACCACCCACUGCACCAAGUAUCACUUUUACUUUUUUUGUAAACUGCUAAUUUUAUAAAAAGAAAGAAAAGUGAUCUAUUGUGGAAGAAUUUGACCCAUCUCACAGCUUUUAUGUGUGUGUAAAUAUUCUGCUUUAAAAUCUCUAUGACAGAUACACAGGAAACAGAGAGCUAUUUCUGUUAAAUGAGUGGUCUUUGUGCACACAUGUGUGUGCUCUCUGCCUGGUAAAUUUGCAUCCAUCCCCCUGCCCCAGGGCAGACAGCUGCUCCAACACAGGCUAAAAACAUGUGUGUAUGUGAACGGAAACUCAUGCCACUUGAGGGCCAAGCUGGCGUUUCUCUCCCAUCCAACCCUGUGUGAGAUGUUCUAGAUGUUCUAGAGCUGCUCACUGGAACUCAGAAAUGCAGUUGGUCACGUUUCACUGAAAACUCUUUCUUCUUAGGUACAUUGUACUUUCUGGAAAAACCAAGAUAGAGUCUAAAAGUGUCGUGUAUCCUUGCUUUUUAGCAAGAGACUCAGCUUCCUAUAAACUGGUCCUAAGGACAUAUGCCACAAUUGAGUAAUUUUACUUUGAACCUGAAAUUACACCACGGUGCUGUAUAUAAUCUACUGUUGGAAUCAGUCUGUUAGGGACACAGCGACCCAGUAAAGGGGGAUCUUCGUUUCUAAAGUUCUUUGAGGUGAUGCAAAAAGAAGAUGGGUUUUUAAAAAUUGAAUCAGAUUAAUGCUGUCACAGUUGGUUCAUUUCUUUUCUUUUCUUUUUUUAAGAUUUUAUUUAUUUAUUUGACAGGCAGACAGCAAGAGAGGGAACCCAA